GAGAAGCGGGAGAAACAGAAAGGCGAUACAAAUUCGUUUGUCGCUGCGCGGCCGAGACUCGGCAUUGAGUCGUCGAGUUGGUUCUUGCCAUGGGACGUGACAGCCGAUGGCGUGAAUGUUACUGGUUCUUAGUGUUGUUGCACGGGGUGGGGAGCCUGGCUGCAGCAAGCGCUGGGGGGCCUCAGCUGCCUUUGGUCGUCAACACCUGGGCAUUUAAGAAUGCUAACGAAAUAGCUUGGAAUACCUUACAAGCAGGAGGUUCUGAACUUGAUGCAGUAGAAAAAGGUUGUGGGCAGUGUGAAAUAGAGCAAUGUGAUGGAAGUGUAGGAUAUGGCGGAAGUCCAGAUGAACAUGGAGAAACAACUUUGGAUGCCAUGAUUAUGGAUGGUAACACAAUGCAGGUUGGAGCAGUAGCAGAUCUCAGACGCAUUAAAAAUGCUAUUGGUGUUGCACGGAAAGUGAUAGAACAUACUAAGCACACUUUUCUAGUUGGUGAAUCAGCUUCACUCUUUGCAGAAAACAUGGGAUUUCCAAGUGAAGAUUUAACUACGCAGAAUUCUGUUUCAAUGUAUGUAAAAUGGCUCAAUCAAAACUGCCAGCCAAACUUCUGGAAGAAUGUUACACCAGAUGCUUCAAAAUCAUGUGGUCCCUACAAACAGACUGCAGAGUUCAGUAAAAAAGAACAAAGCACUUCAGACAGAAGAAUUGAAGUUCAUAACCACGAUACUAUUGGCAUGAUUGUAAUUGGUCAGAGUGGAAAUAUUGCUGUAGGGACAUCUACAAAUGGUGCAAAUCACAAAAUCCAAGGACGUGUAGGAGACUCUCCAAUAGCUGGAGCAGGGGCAUACGCUGAUAGUACAGCUGGAGCUGCAGCUGCUACUGGUAAUGGAGAUAUCAUGAUGCGCUUCUUGCCCAGUUAUCAAGCGGUGGAAUAUAUGCAAAUGGGAAUAGACCCGACAAUGGCAUGUCAGAAGGUUAUUUCUAGAAUCCAGAAAUAUCAUCCCUAUUUCUUUGGUGCUGUUAUUUGUGCCAACACAAGUGGAAGCUAUGGCGCUGCCUGCAAUAGAGUCCCAGGAUUCACACAGUUCCACUUUAUGGCUUCUAACCCUAUUCUGAAGCAGCCAUCUGAGCAAAUAGUAGACUGCAUUUAAUUUUUUCUCCAUCUUUUCUCUUAAUGGAAAUCCCUAAAUUCAACCCAGCAGAAGAAAUGAAGACUCACAAUUUAAUCCUAAUAUACUCUUGGAAUUAAACUGCACUGCAUUCAGUAGAAAUUAUUUCUAUCUAAGAUUGUUAUACAAAUAAAUGAGUAGAUUAGGUUCAGUCAAGUUGAACAAAACUAUAAAACAACUUUUCUCAAUGACUUUCUGAGCUAUUUUUUGCAAUAACAUUCAUUUUUAAAGAUACUUUGCAAAAUUAGAGAGCUUAAUGAUUUUUCCCCUAAGUUAACUCUCAGUUCUCUAUUUUGCAUAAUAUUCUAAUGUAAAAGAAGCUAAUACUCAAAUUCACAAAAUAUAGCCAUUGCUUAAGUUGUUUACUAUUUUAUCCUUAAAAUAAAUUCAGGUGUAGACUUCAAAAAACAAGAUUCCAUAAAUUCCAUUUUUCUUUACAAUACUGUACAAAAUAUUUUUCUGCUGUUGAAGUUGAACCAUGAGCUCCAUAACAUCCUACCUCAUUCCCACUCCUCUCAAAUAACUAUCAGUGCUUUCUUUAAACAUGUUUUACCACAAUCUAUUUAAUUACCAUAAUUUGUGUUGAGUAACCAUGAAGUAGUAAUUAUCGCUCAGCCUGACCUAGACUACAAUAAUGGGCAACAUCAACUAUGUUGGCUUGUGGCUUUCAAAAGAAAAGUAUAACCUAAUUGUGAGAGAUUGUGGGCAAACCAGUAAAACCUGGGAGAAGUCAAUUGAGAUAUUAUAUCAUAAAUGGUAAAACUCCUAGGAGAUGUCUGAAAAAAAAUACUCAAAGAGAUUCAACCAUAAUUCCAGAUAGAUUAGAAAAUGGGCUUUGGUCAUUCUCAUCCAGAUGAGAAGGCCGAAGUACUAGCUUUUGUGUCACUUACCAAUUAUGAGCUAAACCUGAGGGAUCACUUUUUUCCCCAGAGUUUCUACCCAUCAAACUAGCAUGCUGCAGAUCCUGUCAGCCAAAGAAGGUUGGGCUGAUGGGGACUAGAAGACAAGCUUUUCUGCAGCAGCCUCUGCUCUAAUCCUGCCUUUGGAGGUUAGAAUAGCCCCAACUCUGUUAGCAUUUCGUAAAGCUUUAAAAACCUGGUUAUGCUUCCUGCACUAAGGGCCCCGCUUCCUGGCUAUAUUAUUAGUGGGCCAGAUAUUUUGCUCUUGUAUGUACUUUGAAUUAGAUCUAUAAAUGUUCUCUACGGUUUUUAAUUUUU